AUGAAUCUAAAUGAGCGUUUUCGAGGGUAUCUGCCGGUUGUGGUGGAUCUGGAGACAGGUGGCUUCGACAACGCGGUCAACCCGCUGUUGGAGCUCGCCUGCACAUUCCUGAACUGGGAAUCCGACACAUUGUCUGUCGCCAGCCAGACGCGCUGGCAUGUUGAACCCUUUGCCGGCUCAGAAGUUAAUCCGGCAAGCUUACGCGUCACCGGUAUUAACCUGGAUGAUCCACACCGUCAGGCACUGGAUGAACGUGCUGCCAUCAAAGAAUUCUUCAAGCUGGUGCGCACGGCGAUGAAAACACACGGCUGCCAUCGGGCCAUCAUGGUUGCGCACAACGCUUCCUUCGAUCAGGGGUUUCUGAAAGCCGCGUGCGAACGCAAUAAUCUGAAGCGAAAUCCUUUUCACCCGUUCACCAGUCUGGACACGGCAAGUUUAGCUGCGGUGGCUUAUGGGCAUACGGUCUUAAGUGAAGCCUGCCAGCGCGCGGGCCUCAGCUUCGAUCAAAGCCUGGCCCACGACGCCGCCUAUGAUGCUGAGCGCACCGCGCAGUUAUUCUGUCAAAUGGUCAAUGGCUGGCCUUUCGACCCCGUGGUGAUGAACGGUCAGCCAACCUCUCCAGCCAAUUGA